GAUUUUCCCUCCCUCUAUCCUCUGCACCAAAAAAUCAAUUAGGCGUUAGUCUUCUCAUUGAUCAAAAGUGAACAAAAAUCGACGAAGAUGGAGGUGGAUUGGACCCAACUGCCGCCAGAACUGGUGGAAACAAUCUCCAAAAAGCUCACAAUCUUCAGCGAUUACAUCUACUUUCGAGCAAUCUGUAGCAAUUGGCGGUCAUUUAUUCCAAAAAUCCCUAAUCACCUCCCUCCUCAGCUCCCUUGGCUCAUGCUUCCUCAAUCACAGCCCCACCAAUCACGUCGCGCCUUCUUCAAUCUCUCCACCGCCAAGCUCCACUUCCUCAACCUUCCAGAAGCCUCCCACCGCAAGCGCCACUGUGGCUCCUCUCAUGGCUGGCUCGUUAUCGUCGAUGAAACUCCUGCUGUUCUUCUGGUCAAUCCCCUGACACGUGUCAAAAUUAAUCUCCCUCCGUUAAUUACUUUUCCCAACGUGGUUAGUUUUAGUUAUUCUGAAAUCGGCAGAGAAUACACACUUUCGUCUUCUCUGGGUGACCGUUACAAACUUAAUUUAAGACAAAUGCGUGACGCCUUCAUUAAGAAAGUUGUUCUGUCUUCGAGUCCAGCCAAAGAUUCUGGUUUUAUUGCGGUUGCUAUUCUUAAUCGAACGGGUGAUUUGGCUUAUUGUAGAAAUGGAGGCCAGCCUUGGACAAUAAUUGAGGGCGCACAGUCUUAUUCUGAAGAUGUGAUAUAUAAGAAAGGAUUAUUUUAUGCAGUUGAUAAGGGCGGAUCAAUUGCAGUCUGUGAUGUUAGCGGCGAAGUACCUAGGGUUUCAGUUAUUCAGAUGCCAAGGCAAUUUGGAGGUGACAUGCAGUAUUUGGUUAGUUCAGAAGAUGAAUUGUUAUUAGUUACAAGAUAUUUAGGUCUUGAUUUUGAUUUUGAGCUUUAUCAGCCACAUUUGAUCUAUAGAACUAUAAGGUUUGAGGUUUUCAGGGUAAAUUGGAGUGGACCACAGUGGGAAAGAGUGAGAAGCUUGGGUGAUAAGGUGUUGUUUAUUGGAGAAAAUUCUUCUUUGGCUCUGUCAGCAUCUGAUUUUCCGGGCUGCAUUGGAGAUUGCAUAUAUUAUACCGAUGAUUACUCAGAGACUAACUAUGAUGAUGUUUAUGGAGAACAUGAUUUGGGAAUUUUCAAGUUAUGGGAUGGAAGCAUUGAGCCGUUGCCCUGUUACCCAAGGAAUUUACAUUAUCAGUUACAAUGGCCUCCACCGCUUUGGGUUACACCCAAUCCCUGCUGAUUUGGCUUGAAUGUAAGUUCAAAUAUCUGUGAUGAUGGCUUGAAUGUAAGUUCAAAUAUCUGUGAUGAUGGCUUGAAUGUAGAUUCAAAUUUGUUGAUUGGUGUGUAUUUCAAGAUGCAAGCAACUAGUUUCCCUGGUAUCAAGCUUGUUAUGUUUCGAUUAGUUGUGGACUCAUUGUCAAGGGUGUAUGUUUUUGAAAUUUAAACUCUGUUGAUACUGCUUCAUGUA